UCCCAUUUUAUUAUAAGAAUGGCCAUAAUCUCCAAGGCUGCGCUCAACGAUGGUAUCAGUCCUCUGGUGUUCAACGCUUAUAGGCAAGCCAUUGCUGCCCUCGUUUUGGCACCCUUUGCUCUUCUAUUCGAAAGGAGGACCAACAAUAUGUGGUCAUUCGGCCUCUUCUGCAAAAUCUUCCUUGCUGCUUUAUGUGGACCGACGGUUAGCCUGGAUCUAUACUAUCUUGCCCUCCAACAUUCCUCCGCCACAAGUGCAACUGCGAUUCUGAACACCAUUCCAGUAGUCACAUUUCUCCUGUCUGUCCUGCUGAGGAUAGAGACUGUAGGUUGGGGCACAUUUCAUGGGAUAUUAAAGAUCGUCGGGAUAUUCAUUGCCAUUGGAGGAGCCAUGCUGCUUAGCUUCUUGGGUCUUAUAGGAAGCAGCACAGCAACAUCCUCUCAUCAUGUUGGGAAUAAUAAGAAUAGGUUUCUCGGCCCUGUUCUUAUGUUUCUUUGUUCCGUUGCUUGGUCAUUAUGGCUCAUCGUCCAACCCCAUCUUCUAAAACAAUAUCCUUCCAAGCUACGGCUCUCCACUCUGCAGUGUCUCCUCAGUUCUGUGCAAGCCACUGUGGCAGCAGCCGCGUUUCAGAGAAACUUCGACUCAUGGAAGAUUGGGGGGGAUAUUCAACUUGCUUCCCUCGCCUAUUGUGGAGUACUUGGAACUGGGGUUUCAUUCGGGCUGCAAGUUUGGUGUAUAGAGAAGAAAGGACCCUUUUAUGUUGCCAUAUUUUUUCCACUUGCGUUGGUUCUAACAGCCAUCUUCUCCGCUUGUGUAUGGGCUGAACGCUUAAGUUGUGUAAGUAUAUUGGGUGGCGUUAUGAUUAUUGGAGGUCUUUAUUCUGUUCUAUGGGCAAGGAGCAAGGAGCUAGGGCAAUCAACCAUUGCUCAUGAAAACCGAAACUCAGGGUGAAAAGAGCCAAAAUCAUGUUGAAAGUCACUCCACCAAUACAACCCCAUGAUCACAAUGCUUUCAUCACCUUCAGAAUUAGCUUGAUCAACGCAUAUUACUAGCACUCUGGUACUCAUGUUAAUAAUAUUAUUGGUUUCCAUGUUAAGUUGUUCGUAAUUCAUUUUAAGUACUGCUAUUGAUUGAUGAUAUGAUUCUCUUCUUAUA